AUGCGCAGCGAAAGGAGCCUUCUCGAGAAGAGGGAAAGGUCGAACUGUGAGAACGAAAGAGAGAGGAGACAAACGAAUGAGUGGAAUGGACGAGCGGAUCCUCGAGCACGAGAGGCUCCAAAUGGAACAGAUAAGGCAGCUCGAUAUGGAGGAGCUCCGGGUCGAGGAGGUCGAUGGCAACUCCUCCGAUGACGACGAUGACCCCCGCUUAAUCAGUGGUGGUGGAGGCGCUAGUUCGCUUGGUGGAUUCACCUACAAUACAUGUUUGGCUUCAUUGCAUUCAUAUCUUGGCGAGGUUGACAGUACUCAUGCUCGACUAUCAUUUUUGGAUGGUGGCACAGUCUUGAACCUUCCAAUGUUCUAUACUGAAGGAGUUGUUUUGUUUCCUGAAGCAACAAUUCCUCUUAGAGUCCUUGAACGGCGAUUUAUAGCUUCUGUGGAAAGGGCUCUUACACAAUCUAAUGCACCAUGCACAAUAGGUGUGGUUAGAGUUCAUGUGCAUCCAGAAGAUGGGAAACUUGUCUUUGCUUCAACUGGCACUACAGCCGAGAUAAGACAAUACCGCAGAUUAGACAAUGGUUCAUUGAAUGUAGUUGCUCGUGGUCAACAACGUUUUCGGUUGAGGCGACAAUGGAUAGAUGAUGAUGGAGCAGCAUGUGGAGAGGUCCAAAUUGUUGAGGAAGAUGCUCCUCUUAGAACACCAAAUGUAGCAUUUGCCCAAGUAGCUUCAAUUAGUAACUUUCAUAGAAGCAGUUUUACAUGUGUUACACCUUCACGUAUCUCUCCUGCCAAACACCAAGGAUUUGAUGGGGUAGAAAACAGCUGGGACUGUGGAUCUUAUGGAAGCAUCACUAGUGAUCAUUCAACUGACAUGAAAUUAUUGGUUUCUACAAGUGAUUCUGGUGAUUCUUUAGGUCUUUAUGACAGAUUUGAUGAACCAUCGAGUGAUGAGGAGUUCAUGCAUGGGCAAGAUAGAAAGAUGAAGAAAUCCCUUUCAAAAAUAUUGGGUGGACUAGCCAAAUCUCGGAAAUUUGGAUCUGAGCAUUCUCCAGAAAAGAUAUCUGAUGAUUGUGAAAAAUGGGAAACAAACUUGGUAGUCAACAAAUCAAAAUGGCAAUCUCCUGCCCCAUUAUCCUUUCUACCUUUCUGGAUUUACCAAAUGUACGACUCAUAUUCUCUUGCUCAUAGAGCGGCAGAUCUUUGGGGAAAGGUAAUUGGGAAACCAAGCUUGGAUGAGUAUGCAAGAAAACCAGAUGUUCUGUCAUUUUAUAUUGCCAGCAAACUUCCCAUGUCAGAAGCUACAAGGCAGGAGCUGCUAGAGAUUGAUGGAAUUUCCUAUAGGUUACAAAGAGAAAUCGAAUUACUUAAUGGGUUUAACCUUAUACGUUGCAAGAUAUGUCAGACAUUAAUUGCCAAGCGGAGUGACAUGUUGGUAAUGUCCAGUGAUGGUCCUCUCAAUGCUUAUGUGAAUCCACAUGGAUAUAUUCAUGAAACCAUAACUGUUUAUAAUGCCAGUGGACUUGCAAUCCGUGGUCCACCUGUAAAAGAGCACAGCUGGUUUCCAGGGUAUGCUUGGUCCAUCGCAAACUGUGGUUCUUGCUCUUCAAAUAUUGGCUGGCAAUUUACUGCUACAAAAAAGAAUCUACUUCCGAAGUCAUUUUGGGGAAUCCGUAGCGCAUCAGUUGUAGACGACACACCUAGAGGUGAUAAAAGAAAGUGAACCAUCCUAACUUUGGUAUAGAAUAAAAAAGUAGUGAAGUUUGGUAAACAUGUUGCUUGGGUUCUUUCUCCGCUCACGACACUUGUACACAAGGACAAACCUAUGUAUGCCAAGCUCAUCAAGUAUUUGAGUUUGCAGUUUGCGCAUGUUUGAAUUGUAUUUUGUUAUUUUUAUUAUUAUAUUUCUUCUAUUCUGUUCGUUUCCUA